UUCAUUUGAAUCAUCCAUACUGUGUCAAAAGCAAUAGGCAACAAAUAUAUUUUCUAUUCAUUUCUAUUUAAAAUAGUCUUUCAGUCAAAGACAUUGGUUACACAGAUACUAGUCAGGUCUUCAGCUGAGCAUAGAGUGAACAUUUGCAUUUCUCUGUGGCUGCAGCAAUGAAAUAAAUAAAUAAAUGGAUGCUACAAAUGUGGUGACCACACUUAUCAAUUAAGAAAUCUUCAUCUGUGAGGCUGUAGUUUACUUCUGCUAAGACUGAGCUAACAGAGGGGCACCAGAGAGAAGCUGCUUUUAUUUACAGAGUUUCAGUUUUUAGCAUUAGCCUGUUAGCUAGAUAACAGCGACACAGAGAAGGUAACUUUGUUUCAAUUAUUAUUUUUUCUUUCCUAGACAUGAUUAUUGUUCUGUUUUACAGAUAUUCCAGCAGAGGCUAACUGAAUAAGAUUCAUGUAAACUAGUUAAAGCAACAAAUGUAACCAAUAUUAUCUUACAUUAUUAUUUGAAGCUAAACUUAACUGUAAGCCGAAAAAAGGAAAAAAUAACAGAACAAGCUACAUAGUGAUAAUAACUUUUUCAUAACUUACUAACAAUAUAUUAUAGAGUAAUACUGAUGUGUAAUACCUGGUUUUGUAUACUAAGAGCUUUUACUCAGCUAUAUCUUCUUUUAUUUUAUUUCUAUUAUUUUCUAUUAUUUUAUUAUUUAGGUUUAUCACCAAGUAGCUUUGUUAUUUUCGAUUAAUGCUGUCAAAACACAGAUUUUUAAUAUUAGAUGACUGUUAGUACUAUAAUUAAGUAAAAUACUCCAAGUUAUACUAGAUAAAUGUAAAAUACUCUAUAUGUGGUGACCCCUGAAGGGGAAAGCUGGAAGAAGGAGGUAAAUGGCAGCUAGAUUUAAGAAGCCAAACUAAGUUUAAGCAAUUUUAAGAAUAAUUAAAAACUGUUGAAAUCGUAAUGUUUUCAACUUUGUGAUGGAUGUAUUUAAGAUGACAUAAUCGAAGUUUGGUACUUUAACCUUUCAAAGAUAUUGUUGUCUUGCCCUGUAUAUUGUGUUUUAGCAUUGCUAAUCUCAAAUGCUAAAUUAAGUUGUAUGGAUCAAGGUACUACUACUUUAACAGCCACUGCUACACUGCAUGCCAGGCCAGUUUUCUAUAAAUAUUCUAUGAAUGAUGUAAAUCAUAACAUACAUCUCUUUAAUUGAACUGAAUUAAAUAUUAAUGUUGUGUUAGCAGUGAUUAUAGAUCAAAGCAGUGAAUGCAUUUUUGAAGUAUGGUAAUUGGCCUAUAAAGUGGAAACUGAAAUAGAGACAGAUGAGAAGCGCAUUUGAUCUAAGAGCAAAUUUAUACUGACACAAAAUGUUCCCUCUAUGUUGGCGGUAAUGGAGGUAAAAUGAGCUUUUUUCUGUGCAGAUCAAACAACAACAGCAUGGUUUCAUAACAGUGAGAUUCAGAUCCUGGAUAAAAAAAAGACUCUGGAGUUCAGCUUCUAAUAACUAAGGGACAGCUUCAUUCAAUGUCCUUCUUACUUUUUGCUGCAUUAAUCGACAUCUCAUUCAGGUCUGGACUUCCUCAAACAACUAACAAAACUGAAUGUCUUCUUAAACUUACUAGUACACUUAACUUAUAACUUCCAUUUCCUCUGCUUGAAAGCCUUUUUAAACCCUUUAGACCAAACCCAAAACUGCAUUAAAAUCACUUUUUAUUAACCUUGCUUUAUAUUUCUAACCCUUAUGUCAAAAUGAAAAAAAAAGUCCUUCUGCUAUGCUCACUAAUGAUGAUGUUAGUGACCAGACACCAAUUAUGUUACUAUAUACUAUUGAUAUUGUGUUUCCUGUUUUUAGGAAUGGAUAACAGAAAGAGGGCAGCUGCAUCAUACAACUCUGGAAAGCUUGCUAUUUGGUCCUCUUCAUUCCCUAGGCAGCCGGCCAGGGUUCUGAUUGUGGAAGCACUGCCACCUUGGUGGUCCGAGACAAGCUCGGUCGUGUGCGAUGCUCUGGAUAACUUCUUGUCCCUUGCCUGUAAUCUGGACGGACCACGUAGGAUGCCGCUACUCAGCCUGUAUGCCAUCAACAGGCAAGUCACCUCAUCACUUCCCUUCUUUUCCUCCUAUAAUUAGCAGGUUCAUGGUAACUUUGCCAGGUUGCGUUUGUGUGUGGAGGAGCUACGGUCUAUUCCAGGUGAAGGAUGUAUGAAGGCCACAGCCAGAGGAGGUGAGCUGCUGCAACAGGCAGUGCUCGACAGUCUGCAGCAGUUUAAACAGUACGUCAGACACAUCAGCACUGGAAACCAAACUACCAACAGCAACUUAUCAAUACAGGUUACAGUGCUGACAAGCCAGCCUGGGCAGGGAACUGUCCGCCAGUUGGAGAUGGGGCUCAAGGACGCAGAUGUGGUGUUGCUCCAGCAGCUCCACGUCGUGCAGGUGUACAGUACAGCAGACCUGGGCCAGGAAAAUAUCUCCAAUGAAACCACAUACACUGAAGCUGAAGAGAGUCUGAUGUCUGGGCUGGAGAUUGAGUCGCGGCGAGUGGAAAACAGUGUUUUGGCUUUGGAGAGUGUGUUGAAGGAGUGGCUGCAGGAGCAGGGAGGUGACAGGGAGCAGCUGCACCUGCUGCUGCCCAGCAAUACAAAACACCCCAACCCAGUGUGUCUGAAGUGUGACAUGCAGGAGCGUCUGAUCAGCCCUGCACUCAUCCCUGUGUCACCUAACCUGGGAGUGAUGACUGAGAGCACUCGGGACUUCCUGGCUGUCAACAGGACCUCGACCAAUCAGAGCCUGCCACCACAACGAUUAAAAGUAAUCAAGGCGCUGCAUGCAGUCGGCCUCUGUGAGAGCGUGCUGUAUGGCCUACCUCUGGUGAUCCGCCCCACCACUUGCUGGCGUCUGGACUGGGAAGAACUGGAGACCAACAACAACUUGUUCCACGCUCUCUGUCAUACACUUCACAGUCGUGAUUUGUUUUUGCUGCUGCAGGUGGAGCCUCUUCAGACUUCUGCAACCGGAGGCUCAGGUGUGUAUUCUCAUUACGUGCUCCAGUCGUCCUCGUCGCUCUCUCUGCUUCUGAAGCCUGUGGCCUCCAGGGAGCUGUUGCUGCCCUGUUCACUGCCUGUCUCAAUGCAGGACCCCGUACUGGACGCCAUGCAAACCAUACAGAGUUGUCUCACUCAGCUCGAUGAGGACGUUGUCUUCAACCCUCUCUCUCUGAGCAGUAACCUCUACCAGCAGCUGAAAAGCCGAGGCCUGGCCUCACAGGCACGGUAUCCAUACAGGGUUCUGCCUGCUGCUAGUCACAGAGACCAGUCACAACCACCAGGGAGCGCUAAAUCCACAGCCAUCAGACAGCCGCGUCAGGCACAAAACCAGCGUUGUCACACAGGAGCAAACAGUAGGGUCAAAGCUACCGUGGCUCCGAUGACCUUUACCUCCUCCAACUUCCCCUCUUCCUCCUCUGUUGGGCCUCCUCCUGCGAGGAUCCCCCGUCUGAGUCUGGCGCUCCCCAGCAGUAACAGCGGAGGCCGCAGUGUUCCAGGUCCAACUCCACCGGAGGAACAUGUGACGACUCCAUGACAAUCUAACGAGAACAACAGCCAGGUGAGUGGGACGAGAGAGGAAGUGUGGUAUUUCAUAUGAAAACACUUCAAAUCCAUACCUCUUAG